AUGAAGGACGAUAUUUUGGCAAUGCGUCAAACCACAGGCUGUGCAGAUCAAAGUCAAGACCCGAGUGUCGAUGCUGCCUCUGGACACUCCCUCGGACAACCCUUGUCUCUCCAUGAUCCGCUCAGUGAAGACCAUGACUGCACGCGACUUUUAAGAAUCGAAGCAGCCAGCGAUGGCGACCCCAUCAUCUGUACCAUGUCUGAGAUUGCUUUUGGUAACAAGCCAAAGUUUGACGCCCUUUCUUACAUGUGGGGGAAUGGUGAAGCUGAGCAAAAGAUUACGAUCAACGGACACGACUUCAGCGUUCGACAAAAUCUUUGGGACGCUUUGCAUUACCUUCGCAAGCACUGUCCGGACACCAGUUACUGGAUCGAUGCAAUAUGUAUCAAUCAAACGAUAUCGAUGAGCGAAACAAACAGGUUCGGAUCAUGCACCACAUCUACUUCAGGGCUCAGACCGUGGUUGUAUGGCUGGGUCAAGGUUAUUCAAGGCAUGAGGCACAAGUGCCUCACCUGCGAUGGUUUUGUCAUAUGA